ACAUCACACAAUGACGGGUUGAAGAUCUGAGGGGAUUAGCGGCGCUGAAGACUUUAAAAGGGGCCGACGGAGCAGACGGAGGCAUCCCACAAGCGAGAAGCUGACACGCUCAUCAGGCCUCAUCACAGAGACGCUCGGAGACGCCGGCUGAAGAAUGGCAGACAUCGCUGUGGCAGCUCCCGCUGAGCGGAGGGCUCCUCCUAAGUUCAAGCAGAGGAGCGUGCGCACCUUCAAGAGCAAGGCGCCCAAACCGGGCCAGAAGGGAUUCGGAGACGACAUUCCGGGCAUGGAGGGCCUUGGCACGGACAUCACAGUGAUUUGCCCGUGGGAAGCCUACGGGGACAUGGAGCUCAGCGACCUGGCGAAAUACGGCAUCAUCUGACUCCCGUCCCUUUGGCUUUUGUCCCUCAGGUGUCCCAGCUAUUAAUUAAGCACAUGUGCGAGGAGGCAGCCGUGACGUGGUAGAGGUCGAACCGUAAAAGAAUUAAUUCAGCGCCCUCCGUGGUCAGAUGCACUUCACUCGCCCCCAUUUCCUCAUCCCGACCUUUCAUUCCUCCCUCUAAUCUCUCGCUUCUCUAGCUUGUACUUUCUACAGCAGAUGAAAGUAAGAAAGGAACAUCGGUCAGAAUUAUAUAUUUUGUGAAUAUGCAACAGGGUUUAAUAUGUGAUAUUGUGGCAUACUUCCUGUAUUUCCACCUCCUCUCCUCCGAGAUGGUUGAAGUGUACAGAUGUUUAUUUUGUGUUAUAAUAAAAUUAUAUUUUUAUGAGAAAGUCUACAAAGAGAA